GCCCCCGGACGACAAAAAUGACCAGACUAAAUCUCUGUUCCGUCAGUGGCCGUCCCCAAACGCGAGUGCGGAAUGAGCGGAGCACUUCUAGGCCGGGACUCGGAGUGUCCCGACAGAGGCGUACCAUCUGGUCGGAGACUGAGGAGCUCGAGGAAGCUUUUGACGUUCAUUGGUGCACCUCGGAGGUUACCUGUGCGCCCCUGCUAACAUCGAUACCUGCUGCGGAAUCGACAGCCGUCGGUCGUGCGCUUAGCGACGGCGAAACGGAAGUCUCAUCCGACGGAGUGCAACGAAUUCUGUUCAGGAUGGAAGGACCUGACAAGGUCAUAGCUAAGCCGUCGCUAUGGGCACGACUGUGGAAGACUGGUGUGAUCAUCUUUGCCCCACUGGCGCUUUCACCUUUACUGACGACUGUCAAUACAACGGAAUCCCGGUGCGGUUUUGUGGUCGUCCUGAUGGCCUUCUAUUGGAUGACUGAGGCUCUUCCGCUUGCCGUUACGGCCUUGUUACCGGUCGUUCUAUUUCCGUCUCUGGGAAUCAUCUCGUCCGAUGAAACGUGUCAACAAUACCUGGUGGAAACAAAUAUGGUGUUCGUGGCAAGUUUGAUAAUGGCCAUAGCUAUCGAACACUGCAGCCUGCACCGACGAAUCGCACUUCGGGUUAUGCUUUGCGUAGGAACUGAUCCAAAAUGGAUCAUGUUGGGAUUUAUGGUUACCACAAUGUUCCUGUCGGUGUGGAUCUGUAACACCUCGACGACUGCGAUGAUGAUGCCGAUUGUCGACGCCGUCUUGACCGAAAUUUUCGGCACUCGAGGGCGAACCACCUCCGAGGAUUUAGAACUAGCUUCGUAUAGCCAGAAGGCCACUGAGACCUCCAUGUUAGAGAAGCGGCAGUGCCACGGAAGCUCCGAAAAGGAAAUUCUUGCAGAGCACAAUAUAUACUCCGAGUAUCGACGGCGGCACCAAAGGGAACGACAUCUGGCCAAAGGCUUGUACCUCAGCGUGGCCUUUGCUGCGAAUAUUGGCGGAACAGCAACGUUAACUAGCGCCGGACCUAACCUCAUUCUCAAAUUUAUCAUGGACGAGUACUACAAUGGACUUCCCCCUGUCGAUUACGCUUCAUGGAUGAUAUUUGCGGCACCGGGCGUAGUCUGUACCGUUCUGCUCGUCUGGGGAGUCUUUCAGCUAUUGUAUUUCUGGAAUAGACCAUCCGGACUGAACGCACACGGCCAUGCAGCUAAGAAAACAAUAAAUAAAAAGUAUGAGGAACUGGGUUCGAUAACCUUUCAUGAAGGAGCGGUGCUGACAUUGUUCGUCUGUAUGAUCCUCCUCUGGAUGUUCAGAGACCCACAUUUUAUGCAUGGAUGGGCCCAUGCGUUCCAGUACCAGAAUCUAAGGCCGAAGGACUCAACUUGCGCAAUGUUUAUUGUUCUGCUGUUAUUCGUGAUCCCUUCGAAACCCUCCGAGGUGGGGUCUUGUCCCCCGUUGAUUACAUGGCAGACGAUACAGCAGCGUCUGCCCUGGGGAGUGAUACUCCUCCGCGGUGGCGGUUUUGCCAUGGCUGAAGCAACGAAGAAAUCAGGUCUUUCAGCUUGGAUGGGUCAUCACUUGGCAGCAUUUAACCUGCUGCGGCCCUCGUGGAUGGCGUUUGUAAUUUCGUCCAUCGUGGCAAUGCUAACUGAGUUCGUGACAAACUCAGCAACAGCAACAAUUUUUUUACCGAUCGUUGCCUCGUUAGCGACUGAUCUAAGAAUCAACCCAUUGUACCUCGUCAUCCCGGUGACUUUCGCUUGUUCAUAUGCCUUCAUGUUGCCUGUUGGUACGCCUGCCAACGCUAUUGUUGCUACUCACGCUCAUCUAAAAACGAAGGACAUGCUGUUACCAGGUCUCAUCGUGAAGCUUACCGCAAUCUGCACGAUGUUGGUCUCUCUCAACACGUUAGGAAAACUCAUCUAUUCGUUAGACGCUUUCCCAGAUUGGGCUGUUGAAAAAUCUGUAGUCAAUGGCAAUGUCAAUAUUACAGCAGAUACGGGCCACUGAACUAAUCUCCGAACCCGAAUCGAUAUUUAACUCACCGAAUCAGCAUCCGUGUCAUGACCGUUAUUCUGUGUUAGCCUAGUUAAUUCUCGGUAAACGUCAAUCAGAGGAGGCUUUGGACGAGAUGUUCAAAUAUAUAUACUGUAGUUGCUGUGUUAUUACAAAGAAAAAAUUGCGUUGUUUGUAGUCCUAAUGUUCAGAAAGCCGUUAAGCUAAAAAUCAAGCCAGUCUGUAUUCGAGCGACCUAGGGCCAGCUUGAAAAUAGAUGAUGUAUUAUAUUUAUUCAUGUAGGAACUCCUACGAUUUUUGUAUCGAAGCUGUCAGUCCGUUAAAGACCGUCUCAGGGCAGUACAAAAUACGUUUUCUUCCCGAACAGAUGUAUCAGCGGCAAAGCCAGCUAGAGCUCUCAUCUUAACAACUUAUUCAAAUCGAGUGACGUCUGUCAAAUAAUGGUACAUACUUGGGACCCAACCCAGAACUCUACCUUCCUAUCGAAGGUAAAAAACAAUCGUGUUAUUUAUACUUUUACAUUGAAAUUCUUCUAAAGUCGACCAACCACAUAUCAGCUUUUAAAGUGAUUUUAAUGAGAAAGGCUUUCAUUGAUCAAUGUUAAACCUUCAGAGGCCUUCAAUUGUUCUCAAGGCCCAAUUUCAGCCACGUCUGGACACCAGAACAAAUGAAGCUACCGGAGUCCGGGAACGAACUUUCAGUCUACAUCGAAUAUUUAUGAGGUUACAAUCGCUAGCCGUUAGCAGAAAUGUGUUGACAAGACCCUACUGCUGGAACUUUGCUAUGAUCAUUAUUAUAUUUUAUUAUCCAUAAUCUAUUCAUCAGGAUGAUCGCUACGGCCAAUGAGUGGGCCGUCUAAAUGAUGUCGUCCUAAGAAUAAGGAGUCUCCUAUAUUCCUUUGUACUUGAAGAAAGGCUUGUAUUCAAGAGACGACUAAAAAAGCAAAGGUCAUCAUAUUGUUCCUUUCGAAUAGCCUUUUUACAUUCUCUCAUUAUCUUGCCGACGAAUGUUACUCGAUGGUCCUUCUUGAUAAUAGCAGGCACUGGCUUUCGGUGAGCUGACAGAAGUAGAACGAAUGAUUGCUGGCACAUUAGAAAAACAGCACUCACCUUUUAGGACACCUUUUAGGACACACACAGAGUUGUGAUCAGAGUGCGAUUGCUUUUUCUAUCUCGGAUAUGUUUUGGGUUAGCGGUACUUUGUGAAAAGUCUCCUAAAAACCAAUUCAGCUUUGGUCUAUCAACUAAAAUUCUACGGGACACUUUCGUACAUGCUGAAGAACUUCUUUAGAAAAAAAGAAGACCAAUUUGAUCUAAUUCCCUUUUACAAUGCGAAUUAGUUUGGCUGUUACGGGUUACAUACGUGCACCGAUAAUUACAUGUCUCUUAUAUGCAUGAAUAUACGUACGUGUAAAUAUAAUGUUCUAUUACUGCUCCUGUAUUUACUUUUCGUAAAUAGAUAUAUAUCUUAAAAGGACAAUAUAAAAGUAUGACGAUAAGGCCUUAUUGCAUAUCAGACCCAGUCGACGUUGUUAUAGGUUCUGGAUUGGGCGGUAGUCAGCCUCAUUUAGGUACCUCAUAUAGAAUCAGCUACUACUAACAAAAAAAAAUAGAUACUUUUCAAUAAUUAACACUUGAUUCGUUUUUCCGGCGGAACGGAGUUGUAUAAAAUUCUAAACAUUUCCGGGAACGGCUAGCCGAAACGGUCAGUAUUUAUACUUUCGGGUUUGUAACCAUUUGUUCGUAUCUGUGCAACAUAACCUAUGGUUAAAUGACGAGACAGCUGAUAUAUACGUAACGUUUUUGUCCUACAUUAUUAUUAGUAAACAACGUUAUUGAAGUAGGCAAACAGGCACUAUGAAGAUCAAACGAAACCAUUUGAGUACGUAAAAUAGUAUGUUAUGUAUAUACAUAUAAUGUGUACAUAAUGCAACUAUUACUACAACAAUUCUUAUUGAUUUUUCAAGCCAUUACCCGGUGGCUAAAAAUGUAAAAAAAGGAAUUUUCGAAUAAAAAUCUUAUGAUUUCGGUUUGUUUUCUUACGUUA